CCACCACUGACAUCGCUGCGUGUGUGUGUGCGUGUGCGUGUGCGAACCUGCUGCUAGCUCCUCCAUCCACAGCCGCAGUCAGUCACACAGUCAAGCCGACGUGAGGACUCGUCGCUCGGGCUUCUCCGGUAGAAAAAAAGAGUCGCCUUUCAAUCAACCGACUGUGGAGGGAAGACGGGAAGAAAAAAAAAACGAAAAAAAAACCGAGGACAAUGUUUGACACGACAAGUUAGCUUUUUUUUCUUUUUUUGGUGGUACGAGAAAGACGGGAUUUGAGGGGGGCGGGGGAGCACGUGGAACGUUUUAAAAAGCAAACAAGCUGCUCCAGAGUGCACCUAAACGUUGCCCCGCGGAAGCCCUUUGCCAGCUGACCCGCAAGCUUCCAAGAUGAGUGCCAAAGCCGCCAUCAACAAGGAGGUUUUCGUACCCCACGACGAGAAGAUGCUGGCAGCCGUGCAGGUGAAGCGCAAGACUAAGAAGAAGAUUCCUUUCCUGGCUACUGGUGGCCAGGGAGACUACCUGACAUUCAUCUGCCUCGCAGUGACGAAUAAGAAGCCCGCCCACGUCACCAUCACCAAAGUGAAGCAGUUCCAAGGAUCGUCCGGCUUUGUCAAACGCUCACAGUGGACUAUCGACCAACUACGGCAGGUCAAUGGCAUUGACUCCGACAAAGACUCCCCGGAGUUUGACCUGACGUUCGAUAACGCCUUGGACCAGUGGAUUGCCGGUUCUGCGGGAGAGAAGUGCACCUUUGUCCAGAUUCUUCACCACACCUGCCAGCGCUACAUCCCCAUGCGAAAACCAGAAUUUGUCAACUGUCAGUCCAAGCUGCUGGGAGAAGUCCAAGCAGUAGAUUCAGUCGUUGUCCGUUGCAAAGUGUUUAUGAACAGAGUGAGGAAAGAUCUGGUUGCUCACCAUAGUCAUCUCACAAGACGAGGCAACAGUAUACUCCACUCGGCCGCAGACAGCGUGACGAGCGCCGUGCAGAAGGCCAGCCAGGCUCUGAACGAGCGAGGCGAGCGACUGGGCCGGGCCGAGGAGAGGACCGCCGACAUGAUGAACAGCGCCGAACAGUUUUCCGUCACAGCGCACAAGCUUGCCAUGAAGCACAAGUGUUAAAACAACCACUGCCAAAACCAACUUGUCUUCGGGAGGGCGCCGGUGGGGGUUUAUCACCAAUCGCCACUCGCUCUCCAGGACUCUGGAUUUGUGUUGCUUUUGAAAAAGACGUUACAAUAUUUAAGUUAGGGUAUUGAAGAAGACAAAGAAGCGGUAAAGUGUUGACUUGGAGUCAGAUACCAUGCUUCUGUUAACAACCUCUCACACAGACAAGCCAUGACUCAAAGACGUGGACCAUUUUCUAUGACAGUUUUACUUAUUUAUGUGCGCUCUGGUGGGUGGUAACCACACACACACACACACACACACCAAGAGACAUUCCCUUUUUAAAGCCAGUCCCGUUUCCACAUUAAUAAUUAGACAACGCCCUUGGGGGAGAGCCUAAAUGAAUAAUCACCACCGUGCUACAAACGGAGAACAUCUGCUCGCUCCAGCUUUGCGAUCGAUAAAUCCACAAGUGACCGUCAGUUUGGGACGCGGCGCGCUUUGAAGUCGGCUAUUGUUGUUGUUUAACAUUUCACAAUAUACAAAGCAAGUAUUAAAAAAAUAAAUAAAUUGCACAUACAGUGGAACUUCCAAGAUCGGUUUGAUUAAAAAAUGAAUUGACAAACAUUUGGCAUCAAGCUAGCAGCUAGCGCGAGAAGUUUACAGUCUACAAUUUAUCUCAGUGCUGCAAACAGACGGACUCAUGCACAAUAUCAGUCAAUAAAGAUCCAAAUUUUCUUUUGUUAACAUAAAAUUGUCAAGCCAAUAGAAGUUAUUUUGACUGUAAUCCACCCGCUAAUUAAAUGUAAAACGUUACAACACACACACAAAACGCUCUACAUUUUGAUCCUAAACAAAUGACUGCUGGCUAGUGAACGGUUAGCACACGAAGCUAAUGUAACUAACGUAAAUAUUUAUUCCCGUUUGUUUUGUUUUUCUGUGAGACCGUCCUGCACUUGAAGAACAAUGUAUUAUUUUGCGUAUCGGAGAAUUUUUGUGUUAGCGGGAGGCCGCCUGCGUCGCCUGGAUCCGCUUAGCUUCCAUGUGUCAAAAAGCCAAACGUGUCAGUCUUCGCUGGUCCGUGUUGUACAACUGGUGACUCCUUUCUCCUCCGGUUUCACUUCGAAUGUCUCGAUUCCAGCUCUAACAUGGCUGCUGCUUCUGUAACGGUGGUCGCUCAUCAAAAGCUAUUUUACUGACUUCUGAUGUAUCUGAUUUCAAAUGUAUUUUCUAAUUGACAUUUUAAUGCACUCUUUCAGCAAAAAUUGUUCGUGCUUUCACUUCCUCCGUCUAACGCAACACUUUGGAUGUUUGUUUUGAAUAAUAAAAAGAAAUAAGCCUA